GACCAACUAAACGAAGAAAUCAACUCAUCAUCACCAAGCCAAGCAGUGCAUAGGAGAAAUUUUCCUUAUCCUGCUAGGCUGCUACUUUAACCAUAUCACAUCACAAUUCACAGUGAAGCACACCUUCCCCAUAUCUCUAUCUUUCUUUCUCUCUCCUCAAUUUUUUUUUAACUUAGAAGAUGUUUUCAAUGGCGGUUCAACCUAACAUUAACGCCAUUGUUAAACCUUCAACAUACCCAUCUCCUAAAUUAUCCCUUAAACCCUUAAAAGCUCCCACCUUUGUGAACCCAAAACCCUUUUCUCAGUUGAAGAAGAAAAAUUGGAGCUUUUCUCUCUCUGCUGCUCCAGAAUCCAUUUCUGAUAUCUCUGUUGUGGAGAAUGAGUUAGAUGUUGAUGAUGACUUACCUGUUGUCACUAAAGAGAAGCUGCAAGUGGUAGUGAAUCCAAUGGAUAAACCGAGGCUAGUUUUGAAAUUCAUAUGGAUGGAGAAAAACAUCGGUCUUGCCCUUAAUCAAACGAUACCAGGUCAUGGUACAAUACCAUUGAGUCCAUACUACUUUUGGCCUCGGAAAGAUGCUUGGGAAGAGCUCAAGGUGUUGCUUGAGAGUAAGCCCUGGAUAUCCCAGAAACAAAUGAUUAUUCUUCUUAAUCAAGCCACUGAUAUCAUCAACUUGUGGCAACAAAGUGGUGGUAAUCUUACAACUUAGAGUGCUUGCUAUGUGAAAUUUUCUUGUCUUUAGGCGUAUUUUGUAUCUCUUUGUGUUUGUAGGAGUUCUCUCUCGUUUUCAUCAAUCAGAAACAUUGCUACUGCUCGACUGUUCUGAGUUUUAUGCAGUUGAUUGAACAAACAGAGAUAUCUCAUAUAUUAUUACACUAAGUUUCAUGUAUCUAUAUGCUAUGGUUCAAUUUACAUUUGGAAUUUGAAAUUUCCCUUCUGCUUCUGGAA